CCAUGGUAGAACGUUUGAUUAUAACAUAUGAUGGUUCUUAAACAUAUUAAUUGACAUUUAACCAUAUUAUUUUCUCUCUUUUCUUUUUUUCCAACAGCUGAAAGGACUUUAUACACUGAAAAGACCUCAGGAAAAUCCAACAUGGCCGGCAAAAGGAAAGGUGGCCUAAAACUCAAUGCAAUCUGUGCCAAGCUGAGCCGUCAGGUGGUGUACGACGGCAGCUCCCAGCAUGCUGAGGGAGACCACAGCGUGGCAGAGAACAGCGAGCGCGGGAGCUCCCAUUAUGACGACAGCGGCGAGCGAUUCGAGACCAACUUCCCCGAGGGCCUGAGUCUCGGCCAGAGCCUCGAAGAGGACCAGAAACGGCGCAAGGCCAUUGAGAAGUGGGUCAACGGGGAGUAUGGGGAUGAACCACCACCCUCUGCCCUGGACUGUGGGGAGGAACAGCAGCAACAGCAGGGACUCAAGCCCAACAGUGGCGAGGACGGACCCCCCGAGGGUGUGUACAUGGUACAGCCCAAGGGCUGCAGUGACGAGGAGGACAACGCACUUGACGAGCCCGAACCCAUGUUCGACUCCCGGGAAGGCAGUUACCACGACGACAAGGACUCGGAAGACGGGCCUCAAAAGGACGUCUACAUGCCGUUGAUAAGCGAGCCCCAGAGUCGCCAAGCACCUUUCUCCUCUCCAGGUACAAGGCUCUCUUUCUUUUCUCGUUUUUCUGUUAUUUUCUCAUCACUCCUCUCAAUGAAUUCUGUUCUCGCUUUAACUUUAACUGCCCUUCAAAACCUUCUAUUCCAUUCACUAAAGUGUUAAGGAGCAAAGCUAUAGUGGGUGGGGGACAUAGCCACAUCCACAACCUGUCCUGAACCUGUCUCUGGAAAGAGAGACUGUAAGGUUACAAUGUGAAUUCAUGGGUUGCACUUUUCUUCACAAUAUUGUUUUGAACUGAGUGUUCUACCCACUUGUCAAAUAGCACUGAUUAAUAUUUCAUCAAAAGUGGCUUGGAAACAUGAUUACAUUUCAAAAGGAGGCAAAUAAUAAGUAGGAAAACCUUAUGUCAUCAUUGUGAUGUUGCUAGAUUGACUAUAGAUGCCAUAUAACUUAAGCUAGCUAGCUAAUAUUGAGGGAACAGCACCAAAAUCUAGUUAGCUACCGUUAGCAUUGCUAGCUAUUUUUGACAAACUUUGCUCGCUAAUGACAAGAUUGUCGUCUCUAAAGUAAACUUGACGACAUCAUAAUGAUGGCAAAGUUGCUUCCUACUAAUUACUUGCCUACUUUAGCAAUGUAAUCAUAUUUCCAAGCCACUAGUAUAAUUUAGACAAAAGUAAUUAGUCCUCGUUCAGAAAGAUUGGCCAUUAGUCAUCAAUCGGGCAUCAAUAUGUCUGCGGCGUCUGUAGAACGUUGAUAACAAUGGCAACGACGCGACCGAGGGACAGAGGUGCAACUCAUGAAUAGCCAGUGACAGUAUUACUCCACAGACAGAUGGAACUGACUGACAGGCUAUUGGGAAAACAGGAACCUUUGUUUGUGUGUGUGUAGUUACAGUAAGUGAAACAAGAAAUUCAUCCAGUAUUUGGAGUAGGCUUACGCUGUGUAGGCCAAAAGAGGUUGUCAGUCCAAGGCUAAGCUUCAUAUUACACCCAGAAUUACGUUUUGAGUUUUAGAUUUUUCCCUAAGCUCACUAAACUUAGUCACUGCCCAAACCCACUAUUACAUACAGUGGUAGCCUAGUCUGCCUUGGAGGAGUAUAGGUCUCCAUCGUUGCUGAGGAAAGAUUAGCUCUUAGCACUUAAAUACAGAUAAUCGGUUGUCAAAUAAAGUCUGAAAUAGAAUAAGAACCUAUUUCUUGCCAUCUCCAUUGAAUUACAGUUGAGGGUACAUUAUUGUUCAUGAACAUAACAUUUGAUGAAAGCAGAUAUUCUGUAAGUGUAUUUGCUUUAAUUAAUUUAUUCAUCAAUUGAUUUGCUGUGCGUUAGUGGCUUACAGCAACAGCCUAUUAAAUUAUCUGUCUCUUUUUACAUGAUGUUCCUCUGGUAUCACUGAGGGACAAUCAAAUAGAUAAGGUGGCAUGCACCUUAACGGUUUGUUCUUGAUGUGGCAACAGCGAUGUGUUAACUGCACAAACAAUCUCCAGAGAAUGCACCGUUUACAGACUUGAACUUGGAAACCAGAAGGAGACACAUUGGUAUCUGAGAGACUGCUACUGUAGAAUUCAAAACACAGAGCAUUAAAAAAUAAAAGAAAAUAAAAAAUAAAAGAUUAGUUUCACAGAUAACCACAAAAUAAGUGACAGAACAAGACACAGUUGGAGUCGUGUUGUUGUCGUGUGGUACAAAACAGGUUUUGUUUAGGUCUGUUUUCUGCUUGCUCACCUCACUUUUCACAGAAUUUUUUUUGGUCUUUCAUCUCGUGUUUCAGUGUCAUGUACAUAUGCUGCAGAAGGGUUUUUUCGUAUUAUUAUUCUUUCCUUUUUUGUUUACACCGGUGGAGCAGCAGUGGCUGUGGCCUCUCAGAGAAGUGGGGCCAAGGGCUUCUCAGAAAAAUAUUUUUUUCCGGCAAAUGCAGGGGCUUUGUGGUUUUAAUUAGUCAUUUUGUGUUUAUUUGGUGCCUGUAACAAAAAAACCUGUCUGUAAAUGUGUGUUUGUGUUGUGAAACAGGCUUACACCUUUCCCUCCGUUGGGUCCCUGCUACUUUACAUCUCACAACAAAGGCAAACUGUUUGAAGACUGUGGAGAGAGCAUCCUGCAUUAGUAGCAACUCUUGUCUUUGUUUUUUUUGUUUUUUUUUGCGUUGCUCUUUGUUGAUUGUAACUAGGGCAUCUAUAUUGCCAUGUUUCUGUGGCGCUCACAAUUAAAACAUUUUCCCCCCCUCUCGCCGCUGUCUUUCAAAGGCUGAUGCAGAGCGCGCAUAAUUAUGCAUAUAAACAUAGUGGCUUAAUUAUCUCUCACAACAUCAGUGACAAUGUAAUUAACAAACAUUGCAAGAUCAAUGAGAGAAACUGCGACCUUCAAAACAUUUAACUCCUCACAUCGAGGCAGCGUGUGGAUUUCAUAUCAGUGCAAAACCCCAGAAUACUUUUCCUAGAUCAUUUAGAUGUCGCAUUAUUAGGCCCCUCAUAAGCUAUUCAGUGAAAACAACAGAAUAAAAACAUUGAAAGCAAUGAUGAAGAUGCUCAUGGAAUCAAACACAACUGACCAUGACUUCCAAUUGCACUGCUGUGUUCUGUGUCAAAGGUUAUGGAUCAUUUUCAAAAUAUUCUAUUAUAUAUAUAUAUUCUAUUUAUUUAUUUCAAAAUAGCAAGCAUGUUAACUUGCAAGAAUUUGAGGAAUCAUUCUGCAACUCAUUAGUUUCUCAGUCAUCCCAGACAUUUGUUUCCACUUAAACAAAAUGCUAAAUUCAACAAAACCUACAAUGCAGAACAACAGCACUGUCACUUCACCCAGACGAGAGCUCAGUAAAAUCAAAAUGAUUUUUUUAUUGCAGUCAACAUUGUCUAAGUUGUCACAUUAAAGCUCAUUAAAGCUAUUUUUCCUCAGCUAGGGUUUGAUUGAACUCAAGCCAAGGCAGGCUAGAGGCCAGAGGUGCCAAUACCAUCAUCCUCAUUCCAUUUAAUGACUUGAGACAUCAGCUUAACACACAGAACUCUGCAGUUCAGGUGAUUUUGAAAGACAAUGUUUGACCGAACGAUUAGCAUUGGAAAUGGGGCGGCAGGUAGCUUAGUGGUUAAGAGCGUUGUGCCAGUAACCGAAAGGUCUCUGGUUCUAAUCCCCGAGCUGACUAGGUGAAAAAUCUGUCGAUGUGCCCUUGAGCAAGGCACUUAACCCUAAUUGCUCCUGUAAGUCGCUCUGGAUAAGAGCGUCUGCUAAAUGACUAAAAUGUAAAUGUAAAUGUAAAUGUCCUGCUCUAAAACCCUAGGUGUAUUUAAAGUGAGGUUAUAGGCCAUAUAUAGUCUCCACAGCAAACCGCAGCCUUAUCAUCUCCAACACCUCACCCUACUCCAUCUGUGACCCUCAGAAGCCAUGGUGGCACGCUGAUGUCCAUGUUUGGUUAGCAAAAAGGAGAUAUAAUGCCCAUUUGUUAUCACAUCAGGGGAGAAGGGAAAUGUGGUCCUAUAUUGCCUCAAACACAGACAAGGCUCUGUGUCACGUGUUGGAAUUUGCCAGGCAUGAAGUGCCGAGAUUACACCCACUUCUUUUAAUACUCUCCAAUGACACCACAGUGAGAGACGGGGAGAGGAAAGAAGAGAGAGAGGAAAAAAAGAGAGAAUGCACAGUAGCAGCAAGGGCCAAUCUCACCUUAACCUGUAAGCCCCGGUCUCCCUCACAGGCGUUCGCAUGACAUCAUUAAGAGGGCGCGAGAUAAGGCUGGAGAAGAAAACUCAUUUACAUGGUGUUUCACAAAGGUUAUCUGCUGUCGGUUCCAGGCGUAAUCCUUUCAGUUCAAGUCCAAUCAUUGGCCUGCCAUUGAUAGCCCAUCACGUGGUCUGAGAACGGAAUAAUGUGACUCGGCUAAUUUUAAGAAUAACAACUUCUAUAAAAAAACAACCACAACAAUAACUUAGAUUAUAAGCCUACUGCUGCUACCACUGCUACUAUUACUACCACUACUGCUAUCUGCUAACUACUUAAGCAAUAAGGCAUGAGAACCCGGGUAUUAUCGUGUGUUAUACCACAGCAUUGUUGAAAAUUAGUUUCUGAUUGGCUAGAAGGGCAUUCUAGAAUGGAUAUUAAAACCAGAUAACGUGACAGUUGGAAAAUAUAUCGGGACACCUUGCAAUCAUAACGUGGCUCAUCGUGCUCUAGCGACUCCUUGUGGCGGGCCGGGCGCCUACAUGCUUACCGUCAGUUGGACGGUGUUUCCUCCGACACAUUCGUGCGGCUGGCUUCCGGGUUAAGCGGGCGGGUGUUAAGAAGCACGGUUUGGUGGUUCAUGUUUCGGAGGAUGCAUGACUCGACCUUCGCCUCUCCCGAGCCCAAUGGGGAGUUGCAGCGAUGAGACGAUCGUAAUUGGAUCACAAUUGGAUAUCAAGAAAUUGGGGAGAAAAUACAAAAAAUUAAAUACAAAUAAAACAGCAUGAUCAUUACACAGGUGCACCUUGUGCUGGGGACAAUAAAAUGCCACUGUAAAAUGUGCAGUUUUGUCACACAACACAAUGCCACAGAGGGAGCGUGCAAUUGGCAUGCUGACUGCAGGAAUAUCCACCAGAGCUGUUGCCAGAGAAUUGAAUGUUCAUUUCUCUACGAUAAGCCACCUCCAACGUCCUUUUAGAGAAUUUGGCAGUACGUCCAACCGGCCUCACAACCGGAGAACAUGUGUAUGGCGUCGUGUGGGCGAGCGGUUUGCUAAUGUCAACGUUGUGAACAGAAUGCCCCAUGGUGGUGGUGGGGUUAUGGUAUGGGAAGGCAUAAGCUACGGACAAUGAACACAACUGCAUUUUAUCGAUGGCAAUUUGAGUUACUGUGAUGUGAUCCUGAGGCCCAUUGUCGUGCCAUUCAUCCGCCGCCAUCAUCUCAUGUUUCAGCAUGAUAAUGUACAGCCCCAUGUCGCAAGGAUCUCUACACAAUUCUUGGAUGCUGAAAAUGUCCCAGUUCUUCCAUGGCCUGCAUACUCACCAGACAUGUCACCCAUUGAGCAUGUUUGGGAUGCUCUGGAUCGACGUAUACAACAGCGUGUUCCAGUUCCUGCCAAUCUUUCACUAACUUCACACAGCCAUUGAAAAGGAGUGAGACAACAUUCCACAGGCCACAAUCAACAGCCUGAUCAACUCUAUGCGAAGGAGAUGUGUCGUGCUGCAUGAGGCAAAUGGUGGUCACACCAGAUACUGACUGGUUUUCUGCUCCACUCCCCUACCUUUUUUUAAGGUAACUGUGACCAACAUAUGCAUAUCUGUAUUCCCAGUCAUGUGAAAUCCAUAGAUUAUGGCCUAAUGAAUUUAUUUCAAUUGAUUGAUUUCCGUAAACUCCGUAAAGUCUUUGAAAUUGUUGCAUGUUGCAUAUAUAUUUUUGUUCAGUAUAAUAUACUACAACCACUUCAAAACAAUAAUAAUAAAAGUACUACUGUAGUAAUAAUACUAAAAUAACAAAUUAAUAGUAUAGAUCAUUCAUGACAAUCAUACGUUUUAGAAUUAGAGAGUUUUUUAAAGUACGUGAAGUCUGAAAACAGGAUUGGUUUCCCCCAAAAAAUGUUUAGGAUUGUGCAAGUGUAAGGUUCAAUUUAUUUGUCAUAAUAAUAAUAAUAAUAAUAAUAAUAAUAAUAAUAAUAAUAAUAAUAAUAAUAACAAUAAUAAUAAUAAUAAUAAUAAUAAUAAUAAAAGAAUAACAUUAUAUAAAAUAUCACUUUUAGAAUCAAGGCUGGGAAUAGCAAUAGUAUGCGAAGUGCUGAAAAAUACUUUUUCGUAUUAGGACUAUGAGAAAGACAAUCUGUAGAAAUGUGUUUUAAUCCCCAUUUUAAAAGCUCUGAUUGAUGGAGCGGCUCUCAGAUGGUCAUGGAAAUGCAAUGAAAUGCUUACCCCAGAAUAUUGCUCACCUCAUAAUAAUAAUAAUAGUAAAUAAAAAAGAUGCAUUACAACAAUAAAUUCACAUCAAUAAAUAUACAUAAGUACACAUAGAAGACAUAAAAUGUAUAAUAUACAGUGCAGUACAACCAUAAUAUAAUUUGCUGUUUAGCAGACUCACCGCUUGGGGGUCAAUGCUGUCCUUUUACUUGGGGUUAAAAGCGGUCCCCAGCUGAACAUUUUGUCAUUGAAACUUUUUGACUCAUAUUCUACUAUUCCUGGAACCAGUGGAAUGUCUUGUCCCUCACUUCGAAGAUGUGAAGACGGUCCGGCCUAUCAUUAGAGCUAUAUGAUAUGACCUGAGACGGCCUGGCUAACCAUGCUAAACGUCAUGACCCUACUACAGGAGAAGCCCAUGGAUGUAGAGUACAGUAAACACUCCCAUGACUAAACCACAAACUAAUGUCAAGGUGUAUCUUAGGACAGAAAAUGAGGGAAAAGUUGAGAACAUUUUUACACAAUUUGGUGCAUGUCCGUAUUAGUAGAUGAUGAUAUGAUAAUGUAUUUAGCAGACACUUUUGUUAGUUCAUACGUUUUCAUAUUGGUGAUCCCAGCAGGAAACCAAACCAUGAUCUUGGAUCUACCAAUUGAGCCAACAGGAUUACAGAUAUUUUAUAUUUAGUAUGGGGGUCCUACUGAAUUGAGAAGUAGGUGAAAGUCAACGGGCUGCUUGAUAAAUGCAGAUAAAUCUAGUGGCCAUUAAUAAAGUACUAUCUUAUCGAUGUUAUAUUAUCUAAUCUCACUCAGUGGUCCAACACGCAUGUAAAAAAAAACAUGCUGGAUUGAUCAGAUGAUACGUGGCAAAACAGGCAGGAAUUUCCUCUCAAAUUCAAAUACCUGAUCCAUUUCUCUUACAUUUUUCAUGCCCUUUCAAUCCGCCAGAUCCCCUUUCAUACCGAUGUGCCACAGAGAGCAGUAACCCCGGCGACGCUGAUGGAAAUUUGGGGAUUAUUUUACACUCCGUGAAGGAGAUGUGAAAAGGCAUGUGGGGGAGAGGCGACCGAUUUAGCAAUAACACAGAAAUCCGAGACGAGAGCUGAAAUCUUUUUGUAUUAAUUACCAGGACGGCGGCUGGUAUUACCGCUGGCCCCGCCUUGUGUGUGUGCGUUAGUGAUGAAAAAAGCAAUCAAAUAAAUUAAGAAAAGGUCUGGAGGAGUGGGGUCCUGGGCCCGUGGCCAGAAUGGAACCAAGAAUGCCAAAAGUUUUAUAUGACACCUAAGUGAAGUUGUCGUCUGGAGCGUAGUGGCUGCGUUCAUGAUAUCUUAUCUGACAUUCAAACUGACACCAGGCAAGAUUUUUGGAAUAGAUCUGGAUCAGUAAACACUACUGUUAAGAAAGGAAAAGCUGAAUGCCCAAGGGUUUCCUCCUCUCUCUCUCUCUCUCUCUCUCUCUCUCUCUCUCUCUCUCACACUCUCUCUCUCUCUCUCUCUCUCUCUCUCUCUCUCUCUCUCUCUCUCUCUCUCUCUCUCUCUCUGUCUCUGUCUCUGUCAUGCUCUCCCUUUCUCAGACACACACACACACACACACAUAUACAUACAUUCUCUCAAUCUCUCUCUUAUACACACACACAUACACACACACACUCUACUGCUAGUGGCGUGUCUUAAUAAGGGCUAGCUAUGCAGUGCUCUUUCUCCCCCUCUUUUUUUCAGGCACAUUUUUUUUCAAUUUUCCCCCACUUGCUGACCUCUUGCGCUAACCUGGAUGAAAGUUAAUGAGCCAGAAUUAAUCUCCACAUAAUGCAAUUAAACUAUACAUUUACUACAUUUCCCCAUGUCCUUGGGGAGGUUGUUCAAUUUAAUGGACUCUUAAAAUAAAAAAGCGACGUUUCAGUUCACAAAUAUGUAAAAGCACAUAUGUGGCUUCCGUAGAUAGAGACGUGAUGGACUUGAAAUAAUGUUUUUUACUAAAGGGAACACGUUUUCAGAAUGUCGUGACAAUCAGAAGGCCCACUGGUAAGGUCUUUCACUGAGAAAAUUAAACAAUGUAACCUAUUUCAAAUUCUCAAGCAUUCAACAAUUCAAUAAUAUACGAGAGAUUAAAUGGUAUCUGCUCUUUCCAUGACAUAGACUGACAAGUGAAUCCAUGUGAAAGCUAUGAUCCCUUAUUGUGUCACUUGUUAAAUCCACUUCAAUCAGUGUAGAUGAAGGGAAGGAGACAAGUUAAAGAAGGAUUUUUAAGCCUUGAGACAAUUGAGACAUAGAUUGUGUAUGUGUGCCAUUCAGAGGGUGAAUGGGCAAGACAAAAGAUUUAAGGGCCUUUGAACAGGGUAUGGUAGUAGGUGCCAGGCGCACCGGUUUGAGUGUGUCAAGAACUGCAACGCUGCUGGGUUUUUCACGCUUAACAGUUUCCCAUGUGUAUCAAGAAUGGUCCACCACCCAAAGGACAUCCAGCCAACUUGACACAACUGUGGGAAGCAUUGGAGUCAACAUGGACCAGCAUCCCUGUGGAACACUUUCGACACCUUGUAGUCCAUGCCCUGACGAAUAGAGGCUGUUCUGAGGGGCAAAAGGGGGUGCAACGCAAUUUUAGGAAGUUUUGUACAAUUGGUGUAUAUCUAAAGUGUUAGGUGAGGAAAGUAGUACAGGUAAUUUUGGUUUGUUCUCGUCAUCAUUCAUUUCAGAAGACUGACUGGGGAAGUUCCAUGGAAUGUUUUGGUUCAUUUCCAGUACGUUCGGCAUAAAAUGACUGACAAAGAAACAGCCCUUUUCAGCUUUCUACAGGUUUUAUGAUUGUUGGAUAGAAGAAUCCACCUACCUCAGACUUUUUCUCGAUUUUAUGAUACUUUAGAACUUACCUAGAUGUUAACGGUCAAUAGAACGUCACACUUAGGCAAAGCGGUCAUCCAAAAACAGUGUAUCACAUAUCUUACCUAAGGGCUCUGUUCUCUCUUCUCUUCCCUGUUCUGUGCAGGAGAGGCAUCCACUCUGCGAGACUACGCAGCCAACACAAUGAACGAGUUCCUGGGCAUGUUCGGCUACGACGACCAGCAGGAGAGGGACGAGCUGGCCAAGAAGAUCAGCUUCGAGAAGCUCAAAGCCGCUACCUCAGGCUCCGACCCGUCCUCCCUGAGCAGCGAGGAGGCCACGCGGCGAGCCCGCUUUUCCAAGUAUGAGGAGUACAUCCGCAAGCUGAAGGCUGGCGAGACCCUGCCCUGGCCCAUCCACCCCAACCCCAAACAAGAGGACCUCAACUCCAAGCUGGCACAGGAGAAGAAUGCCCUGCUCCAGGCCCAGAUGGCCGCCUCUGGGGGGUGCCACCCCGGGGCUGAGGGCCAGAUCUAUCACUCCAGCCUGGACCACAAGCAGGGGCAAGGACAGGGGCACAACCUUGGGCACAAUCCCCCACCGCCCAACCCCACCUCCCACCUCCAGAACAUGGCCUCCCGCGCCUCCAAGUACGACUUCUUCAUCCAGAAGCUGAAGAUGGGCGAAAGCCUGCGGAGCCAGCAGAACGGCAAUGCUUACAAGAAGCCCUCCAAGUACGACCUGGAGAACGUCCGGUACCUGCACCUCUUCAAGCCCGGCGAGGGGAACCCUGACAUGGGGGGCGCCAUCGCCUACAAAACGGGGAAGGUUGGCCGCCCGUCCAAGUACGACAUCAAGAACAUCCAGAAGCUGAUGCCAGGGAGGCCCGAGUCCUCGCUGAUGCCCGGCGUUCUGCCUGCCAUGCCUGGGAACCCGGGGACACCAGGGGCCCCCACCUCGACCUCCUCCGCCGGGGCCACGGGCCCCCCAGGGCUCAUCAUGGAUCAGACAGGCCACAUGGGCUUCAACACCUCCGACUACAUGAAGUCUAGCUUCUCCAAGACCGACUCCAUCACCACGGGCACUGUGUCCUCUGUCAAGUAAGAACCUCUUCAGAUGACUUGAAUGACACUUAAGCUGAAAGGCACCACAUAGGUACAGUAGAUCUGCAUGAGAAACAUGCUAAGCUUCUCUCACACAACAAUAUUAAUGUGUGUACUGUAUACAUGCUGAUAUUAAUAGUUUUUUCAAGAGUCAUACAUUUUCAUGAAUGAAUUAUGAGAUCCCAGUAGUGAAAAUUGGCCGCUCAUGUCAAAAAUAGUCCAAGGAAAGAAUGAAAAUCUCUCACCAAAUUCUGUCAUUGCACCAAAAGUUGCCUAUGCAAACCUCCCUGAAUUAUUAAAUCAAAUAAGCCAUCAACUGAAUCCCCCACGUUUUAUUUAGCUUGUGUUUUGAAAUGAUUCCAGGUUUUAAUAUUGUACAAUUCUCCUAAAUUGUCUCUGUGGGACACCUGGGAGAUAAUGGCCGUCUCACAUACACUUAACUACCACUGCGAGUCAGUUAGCCUAACGCAAAGGUAAUUGCCACCUCCACAACAGCCGAUGCGAAUGUAGUGUGAAAUAGCGCAUGGUGCCAAUAGAUCCACGACGAGUAGCGAAGGCCCAUGAAGUGUUUACUCGCUGGGCGCUUUCUGUGGAGACUGAUUUAGCACAGUCAUCGCAAAGUGACUGACUUCCUCCUUCGGCUGGGAUGGAACAACUGUCCUUUUAAUUACUUUGGAGCUGUGACUAACUUACCGGAGAGUCACAGGGCCUAGGCUGAACACUAAAAGGCUCUACAUGGUCAAUCCGACGUCUGAAGUGGCCGUACAGCAUUUACUGCAAUGCAGACUUCAGGGCUUUCAUACUUCUUGCGUUUAGCGGAGCAGAGCAGAGCUAUUGUGAAAGAAGUUGUCAAUUGCGUCACACCCUCUAUACGAAGCCUCUAACCACAUUUUCAGAUCAAGCAUAAAUUGGCCUUUACACAGUACACUCUGAAGUAAGCAAACUAGGGCAUUUGGGGAGCUAGCCCUGGUUAGCGUUAGCAAACAAGGGCAUUUGGGGAGCUAGCCCUGGUUAGCGUUAGCAAACUAGGGGAUUUGGGGAGCUAGCCCUGGUUAGCGUUAGCAAACAAGGGCAUUUGGGGAGCUAGCCCUGGUUAGCGUUAGCAAACAAGGGCAUUUGGGGAGCUAGCCCUGGUUAGUGCUAGCAAACCAGGGGGUUUGGGGAGCUAGCCCUGGUUAGCACUAGCAAAAAAGGGGGUCCCUCUCAAGGCAGGUUACAUCUCAGUCAGAACCAUGCAAUGUUGGGGGAAACGCCUAUCCUGAGUUUAAACCUAAUGUGUUUCUGAUGAUUGGACUCAGUUCAAUCAUCUCCCCCCAGUCUUAUUUGUUCUACCCAACUUAUCGCUAGCUGAAACAAUGCCUUCUGUUCCAUCGAACCCUGUCUUCUCCUUCUGUUUGAACUCAGUCCAUACCCCUGAUGAGACAACAUGACAACAGCCUUUGGAGGCAGGGUCCUUAGGGACCUUCAGAAAAGAUUUUGCCUAUCCCCAUUAUCUAGAUUUGCAUAUGAGCGCUCUCCAAAAUAGUGCCAUAAAUGAUUGUCUUUCCACUGCCUUUUGCCUUUCAUUGUUGGAAAGCCAUGCAAAAGUGUGUUCAUACCUUCCUGAUUCAAGCCCACGUGAAAACCGCUGUUGCGUCACAUAAAAUGUACAUUGAUUGCCGAAGUGUUAGUUGUUUUUAUUAACAGUGUGCCCAAUACCUCAUUAAUCCUGUCUCUUUUUGUGUCUGCUUGUAUUAGGAACGGCCUACCGCCUGAGAAACCUGUCACAGAGGACGUCAACCUGUACCAGAAAUAUAUCGCCAGGUAUGCAAAUCCUCCCUCUCCGGUGAAACAAAUGUUGUCCCGGACAUUGAGACAAAGCUUUACUAUUAACUGAUGGCGUAUUUUACACAGUGAUGAACUAGAUGUGUAAAAUAGUGGUAGAGGGAGGUUUUGUGCUGCAAAGUGAGGGAAAUAGUAAGAGGCCGAGUUUAUGGGCUGAGAGGAAGUGGAAUUCUGUUAGGAGGAAUGAGGCAUGAGAUGGUUUCUAUGGUGGUGAGAGGUGUGCUGACAAGAUGGUGGUACUUACUCUGUUUGAGGUCGAGAAUUUAAUUCAAAGUUACUAUACUGGAACACUUUGCAUGUCAGUCUUGAGUAGUUCAAGCGUACUGUACGGCGGUGUAUAUGGAACGAAUAUAGAGUGAACUGUUGGUUACAUGGCUGCAUGGUCUCUAAAUUGUCCUCUUUAUCACUCACAAAACACGGAGACAAAACAUUGCAAGGUAAUCUCACAUUUCAAUAGACAACACAGUAUCCCAUUCUCCAGUCAUUUUGAACUCCACACUAGAAAGGUGAUUAUCACUUGUUUAUUUCUUCACUUUAAAAAGAAAGGAAAAUGACUAUUUCAAAAGCCCAAAGUGGCUUUGGCGUUAAUGAUUACUUCUCCAAGCCGUAACAUGAAGGACACAAAUCAAAAGCACUGUCACUGACAGAAACACACAUUUUCAUUGUGCACACACACACACACACACAUACACACACACACAAAACCUUCCUUGGACUGAUUACAUUUUGCAGAUUUAAUUAAGGAAUUUUUAAUGAGGCUUCUGCUGGCACUGCCAAGAACUGUUUUGAUAUUUGCGCUGCAUAAUGCAUAAAAUUUGUCUAAACAUCUCAGUAGUUGAUGCACGGGGAGGCUGCAGAUAAGCCCAGAUACAGUUUCAAUUUCCGUGUUGGGGAGAGAGAGUGAAAAAAGAAAGGGAAGGGAGGAAAAAAGACAGAAAAGGAGGACUCAUAAAAAGGGCAAAUGUAGACUGGGGGGGGGUUCAUCUCUCUGGAGCCACAGCUAAUGAGCGUACAUUUAUGCUGAAAAACCCAGCUUUAUAAAUUUUGUUGACUCCCACCUUCCACCCUCCUCCCCCUCACCAACCAAGGGGGGAAAAGUUAUUUAUCUCCUUGCCACGCAACAGUUUGAUGUUUUAAAGAGCUUCCCUGGUAGUGUUUAGUCGCAGUUUUCCCUCUUUAAAUGCUUUCAUGCACCCACUAUUGCCGCGGCACUUUGAUCUGCGUUGUCUCUAUUGUAACAGGAGAUGUGCCACAAUCUCUGUAUCGUUGUGAUAUUAAUAUUUAAUCUACAGCUGAAUAGCAGCGGCCCAUUAGGCCCCCUGACGCGGCAAGUGGGAAUUGUCCAUAGGCAAAGUGAUACAGCUGGGCAAUGAGCAGAGGGGUGGGCCACAGUCCCAGGGGGGCUGUGUGUGCGCGUGUGUACGUGAGCGUGUGCGUGACCGUGUGUCUGAAUACGUGUGUUCAUACACAGUCCAUAGAGCAGUAGGGCUGAGAAAAGCACCAAUGGUGGGAGAGUUGGUUGGUGUGUGUGUGUGUGUGUGUGUGUGUGUGUGUGUGUGUGUGUGUGUGUGUGUGUGUGUGUAAUGUACUCUACUGUUAGCUCCAUUUCUGUUUUUUUUUUUUUUCUAAAGAAGCCGUCAAACCUUCCCGAAGCCCCUACCACCACCACCACCACCACCAUACCCUGAGCCCCCCACCACACCACCAACUUUUAAAAGGUAGUGGAUUUGCCGUUCAAUUAGCCUAAUGAACUCCGCAAAGUGAUCUGUAAAUGCAGCCCUAGGAUAAUCCUACAGGCUACAGGCAAAAAAACAGAGAGAGAGAUAGAGAGAAAGAGAACGAGUGAGAGAGAGAGCAGAUGGGGCUCUUGGCAGCGGCAGUCCAAAUGUUUAUUUGUGUGUUUUCAGUCAUAAUUGGAGGUUUUUAACAGUCAUCAGUAAACGCUCAAGGAAAUGGUGCCCACUCUUUUACCUGGAGAAGUCUUUACCGAGUCAGACUCUUACAGUCAAGAGGAGGAGGAAGGGGACGGGAGGGGGCGGCAGUAGCGUGUAGAUCCACUCAAGCCUCUCAGCAGAACCUAACCUUCCUUUGAUUAAAGCAAGCGCGGUUAACCUGAGAGAGAACUCCACAACAUUGAUUUGGCAAGGUUUAAAAGGCAAAUGAGGGAAUCAUGCGUGGGGUUUACAGUUUAAUAAGUGUCUGUGUACCGGCUGCUUUUGAAAUAAACGGAGCUAAUUUGAGUCGAAAUUGGUGUGACAGGCGAGUCAAUUGUGGCGGUGUGCGGAAAACAGACGUAUUUGCGUGACGAGAUGAGUUGUUUUGGAGGUAUGGUUAGGAUUAGGAGGUAGUUCUCUGUGAGGUGAUUGGAUUCCAUUUUGGUAGUGAUAGACACCUUGAAUGUUAAAGGGGGACAUUUGGGUUAGGUUAAGGUUCGUGAAUAGAAACAGGUGUUUCCCUUCAUGAAGGUGAUGUUUUUGUCCGUUUGCUCACUAAUCGCCAAAAGAAAAGGAAGGAUACACCCAAGAGAAAUAGGGAGGGACUUUAUAUUCAGACAAUACUAUCAUUGCAAAAUAGCAUGCAUGAUUUUAUACCACAAUAACAUAAUUUUUCAGCCCAUUUUUUGUGAAAAUAACUUAUUCUGCUCUAUGACUGUCUUCAAAGAAGAAGCAUUGGAGUGUCCACAGCUUUUACACCUGUAACUUGAUUAGUCAUGACAAAAUCAGUCCACAUGGCCCAUGAUGUAACUCUGUACCCUUUUUGUCACUUGACUUCCAGGUUCUCGGGGAGCCAGCACUGUGGACAUGUGCAUUGUGCCUACCAAUACAGGGAGCAUUACCACUGCAUGGACACGGAGUGCAACUACCAGGUGAGUAGCUGUGUGCUGAACACCCCAUACAUUGUACAUUUUAGGACACCCCUCCUAUGACAAAAGUCCCGUGCUAUGACAAGUUCUGUAAGAAUGUCCUACAAUGUACACCGUACAACCUGCUGAACACCCCUAAGGUGUACAUUUUAGGACAUUCCUAUACCCUAUGACUUAAGUCCCUACUCCCUCUGAUAAAAGUCACCACUCCCGAUGACAAAAGUCCCUAUUACUUAUACAAGGUUUUGUAAUGUUGUCCUAAAAUGGACACUGUACACCCCCUAUCUAGGUGGCCUAGUCAGACACAUGUUUGCCUUGUUUCCCCAUCUCCCACAAAUUGCAGGCUUCGCCUCUCUCUAGUCUAGGCCUUGCCUCGUGUCACCAUGACAAACGAGAUAACAGCGGCGGGGGUAAUGCUGUACUCUUAACAGCCAUGGUUCAGUGCCUCCAAAUGUACUGUACUGCGCUGUGCUGUACUCUACUCUACAUCCCCUACUGUCUCAACUUCAGCUAGCGAGAACCCAUAGAGCCGGUGUCGCUGGGUGAUUCAGAGACGUCUCUAUAACUCACUGUCCCAUUCACAAAUAUGGGGAAGUGUAUGAGCACAGAGUUUGAAUUCUCUUCCGUGUCUUCCUGACCUCUCGACGGGGAAAACUACGGGUUCUAGGAUAUACAGAGAUGAAUAAUAUGUCAUCACUUCAUCUCUGCUCAUGCCCAACAAAGGCAUGCACAGAUGAAACGUUGUUGACGUGUGUCCGCCGAACAGGUUAUGACUGCUGGCACUCGUCCAAUUGAGAGCAAAGCUUUUUUUCUCUCACUAAGCUGAUUCUGUGCACGGUUGGUCUUUGACAAUUGGCUUUUAUCCUGGGUUAAUUGUAAAUAUGCUUGAAAUAUGGUUCCUUUUCGAUGUGUUUUUUUUAUUUUCCUGGAGACAUCUGCCGUUGCUCUGGGCCUGCUUUUAAUCCCCUUUCACGUUAUUAAUCUUGUCCCGGUCCCAAGAGUUGUCAUGUACGGCACGGGGAGGGAGGAAAACAGUGUUAAGGAGAUCAGAAUACAGGCCUGUGUGUUUGCAUUAGCAUAUGGUCUAAAAGAGUUAGGCAAACACAAGCGUAUUUGUCAAAAGACGUCAAAUCCUCACACUACUUGAGCGGUAUGUUUUUCCGUCUUUCCGUCCGCUUUUCCGAGUUAAGGCAUCUGUAGCUCUAAUCACAAAGCAUGACAUCUAGACUUUCAUUAUUUUCACAAGUCAUACUUUCACUGUUAGAUAAGAUGGAUACUUGGCUGAAUAUAAUGGAGAGAAAAAGGGCUUUGAAAUGAUUUCAAGUCGUCCUUUAGAAUCUUUGUUUGGGUUAUCAGGUCAAGACCCCAUCUCUCAUUGACUUGAAGUGCAUCGCUCAAAAUCUAGACAUUUGUGUGUAUAUAUCCGGCAAAAUUGGCCAAACUAAGAUGAGCAGCUCCUUUGGUAGUGAUAACUCAUGAAAUGUUACAUGACACACUCCUGGAAUAUUAUCCUGCUGCCAGGCUCAGUGGCAUUCUCCUUUCAUGGGCCUGUGUGUGCAUCCACUACAGUGGUGGGAAUCCUAAAAUACAUGGUGCAAGUCAAGUGGCUUCCAGCUCCCAGACUCCAACUGAAAAGGAGCUCUUCUACCCUAGUCAGCUUUCACCAGGCUUAUUUUGGCUUCCAUAACUGAUUGAACGCAGUGGGAUGUCCACAGCUCAACUUCUCACCUCGUCCUCAUUUACUGCCAAAGAUAAUCAUUCCCAAAAUGAAAUAAUUGUUCUAUGGAAAAUCAAUAGAUCAGUUAUUAGUGAGAAAUCCUCAGCCAGAAUGAUACAGUACUACUGUAAGUUACAGGGUUAAAGAAGAAACAACUUCAGGGGUGGGAAAUGGGUCAAGAACUAAAGAAUAGCAACCAGCUGCCUUUAGUUUCCAAUAUCUUUUACUUGGGCCUUGGUGGAACACAUGAUUGACACACCAGGAAUUACCAUACUUUGUAGAAGCAAUUGUAUGUGUUUUUAGAAUGAUUUAAUUAUUUUUUUCCCCCUGAUCUAUCUCUCUACUGUACAUAAAUAUGGAUGUAAGUAGCUCCAGAGUCAUUGAUUCAGGCUUCUCUAGUUACAGUUCCUGUAACAUCAGCUUAAGCCCAAUUACGGCAGAUUUGGUUGCUCUAGGUCUCUCCAGAGUCCCUUUUCUGUUUUUAUUCUCCGCUCCUCAGUGUAGGAGGCUUUUUAAUUUUGAGGAGAGUAUCGUAGCAUAUUCCCUCCUUAUUACAGCCAAAGCCGGCGCGAAAACCGCACCGUUAAUGCUUUAAUUAAAAAUGGAAUCAUAUCUCGGUGAGGGAAUUGAAAGGGAAACCGUUUUUUUGGUUAGCUCAUUUGUUUGUUUGUUUUGUUGUCUCUUUUUUCCCCCUUUGCACGUCUGAGAAACCAUCUGCAUGGAACAUAAUUUUGCCGAAGCCAGGAACAUCGGAACUGUGAUCUUGCAUGUCAAGUGAUCCAUCUUAAUUAAAAAAACAGAGGGAAUGGAAAAUAAUAGAGAAACAGGCCGAAGACAUUCCGCACACUCCAAAAGUCCCACUUCUUAAAUAUGUCUUUGUUGCUACCUAUCAGUGCCACGUACAUAGUUCUGUGCAUAUAGAGGCCAUAUAUAUAAAUAUGAAUAAAGUCCUUAAAGAGAGUCUGGCCCUCUCCAUUGCAACACACACAGCCUCAUCUCCUACUUUGCAAGUUGGCUCCUGCGCUUUGCAGCUUUUUCCAGAGCAAUAGUGACUUGAUUUUGUGACUAUUUAAAUAAACACCAAUCUGUUGCCGUGCGUUUUGUCCCUUGGCAGAGGUUCACCAGCAAGCAAGACGUGAUCAGGCACUACAAUAUGCACAAGAAGAGGGACAACUCCCUGCAGCAUGGCUUCAUGCGCUUCAGCCCACUGGACGACUGUAGCGUCUACUACCAUGGCUGCCACCUCAACGGGAAGAGCACCCACUACCACUGCAUGCAGGUAAACACAUAUGCACACAUACACUCUUACACACACACUCGAAAGAUAUGCUUAUGUAAAGGACAUCACGCUGCUUGCUUAGCCAGUACCAUUUCCUCCUGAUUCGGCUCCCACCGAGGCUGGAACCCAGGACUUCUGCUUUGCUAGAACACGUGACCGCCCUCCUGAAGCAUCUUACCAGUCGGCGCCACGCGAAAAGCUAGCUAUUUGCUUGCGCAAGUGGGGACACUUCAGGCUGAGGAGUAAGUUUCACACAUCCCAAUGUGCUACAUUCAUCCCUCAAACGUACUCAACAGCGACCUCAGUGCAACUUUAAAUCCCGUUCACGGCACAACUAUAAAGGACGUCACACUGCUUGCUUAGCCAGUACCACUAACUCCUGAUUCGGCUCACAACAAGAUUCGAACCCAGGACCUCUGCUUUGCUAGCACAUGUGACCGCCCUCCUGAAGUGUCUUACCAGUCGGCGCAAUGCGAAAAUAUAGUUAUUCGCUGGCGCAAUUGGGGACACUUAAGGAGUAAGUUUCACACAUCCCAAUGUGCUACACUUACAAACACAUAUACACACUCUUGUUUCACACACCAAUACGGUAUACACACAUGCACACACAAACACAUACACACACACAUAUGGGCACUCCGCCACACACAUUACAGACCCAUGACCAUUGCCACCUAUGGAGAUCUGAGGCUUCUUGUGAAAUAGGAUUUUGCAGAGUCAUGCAUAAUUCCUUGAUGUUGCAUUCCAGAGCCACACACCACAGUACCGGAUAUACGGUACAUACUGGAGUCAUUUUCCUUGGAUUGGCUAUUAUUACAGUAUAAAACAGAAUAUACUGUAGGUAGGGAUACCUAGCUAUACAGAUUCAGUGUGUCUAUGCUUUAAAGGGAUAGUUCACCCAAAUCUACCAGAAGCCUAUAAGGAAAAUUAUUGUCAUUUUAUUUCUCCAAUAAUACCAUUUAGGGGAACAUUUGGGGUGGCAUGGAGGGUAUAGCAUAAACUCCUCCCACAGAAAACAUGAAAAAAGUUGUGAGCAGAGACAUGGCCCCCAUGCCAAGCCCAGGGAAAACCAGGCCACUCAGGCAUGACAAGACGCACACCGAUGAGCUCUCCGAGUCUUGAGAGCUCUGCACUCUAACUGCAUCUAUAAAAGGGAAUUACACUUCUUCCACUUUUUCCAUUAAGCCCAAAUUGCCAUUUAAGAGCAGUUUUGGUGCGUUUGACAAAAGGUGUCAUAAAGUAAAUAAAAUAAAAAUGAAAGGGAUGAACCCACGUCGUUGCAACAGCGGCGGCAGCACUCUUCCCUCCCUCCCCUACUCUCUCCUCGCUCCUUAAUUGGCAUGGGUAAAAAUUCAGUUAGUUGUUUAUAUAAACUGAAAAUUUUUCAUCUUUUAGUACCAAGCGACGAGUUGAAGAUUAUUCCCCCCACCGGAUUUGUUUAAUUUUUUUCCACAUCUGCUUAUUUUCAAGGUGUCAUCACGCCGAGUGCUUUCUCACCGGCAGGCCAGCAGCCCAGGGCUUGGAUGGCCUGAGAUAUAUUCUUUUUUAAACCCCCCUAACGGCGUAAUUGUUAUUAAGACGUUUCAGCCCUUGUUUUAACAGGCCUGAGAACCUGCAGAUGUUGGCAUAAGGCACCUCUGAUUUAGUGGGGAAAAAACAGAGUGGCAUUUUUUUCAUUGUUUGACUCAAUAUGGAGAAGUUGCCCCUUUUGUGCCGGUUAAAAAGUGCCAGGGAUGAUAUACAAUUGCUGCUUUUAAUUCAAACAUUAGCUGUAUUUCCCUCCGGGCCCCGAGGGCUCCUGAGUACCAGAACAUUUUAAACUAAAGAAAGUGACAAUCAACCUGCCCACCUCUUACCCCCCUCCUCUCCUCCAGUUGCUCUGUGAGCUACAGUGAAGUUGCGGUGAUUGCACACUGUAGUGCUCCGAAUAUGAAUAGCAUCUGCUUAAAAUAAAGCCUUAAAUGGAAGGUAUUUUUUUACCACACACGACCCUGGUAGUUAUACCACUGACUCUUGCUCAAGUUUAUCACAUCGCAUUGUUUCAAACAGGGCAGGUUUGCCUUAUUUAACUUGACAUGAUGUUUGAUAAGGUCUAACACAGACAAGUAGCCGAACAUGAAAAAAAGGCCUCUGUCCGUCUUACCAUUUCUAGGUCACCAGAGACUUUCUUACCACAUUGAGCUCAUUUCUCAACAGAGCCUUUCUCAGUUCUCUUAAUGGUCCCGCUGUGAAAAAGUCUGACUUAUUCAGUGUUCCAAACCACUGCUAUUUGAACUAACAAAAACAAUGUGAAUCAAUGCUAGGUUGCCUCUUAAAAAUUGAUGUCAGAGAUUGAUUCAUUGAUGUCAAUAAAGUUGAACGUUUGUCUCCACACCUCUUUUAGGUCGUUAUGGUAACAAAUGAUGUUCUCAAUAACCUACCUGGUUAAGUAAAGAAUAAGUUGAUGAAUGAAUCAUUAAUAUGUCGAUUUAUUUGCCUAUUACUGAAAAGCUCCAACCCCACACUCCCCUCUCUAUCUGCAGGUGGGCUGCAACAAGGUAUACACCAGCACCUCCGAUGUCAUGACUCAUGAGAACUUCCAUAAGAAAAACGCCCAGCUGAUCAAUGACGGCUUUCAGAGGUUCCGCGCCACCGAGGAUUGUGGGACGGUGGAGUGCCAAUUCUACGGGCAGAAGACCACCCACUUCCACUGCAGGUCAGGAGAUCAGAACACAAGGGUUCCCUCAGUAAUAGAGAUAGAGAUUGUAUUUAUAGGUGUCUCUUUUCACCAGGUCUCAAAGCUAUUUGAGUUUAACUCACGCCAGCCACUUUGUUUAAUGUGUGCAUCCAUGAUGGCUGUAGUUUGUAUCUGCUUCAUACUAUGAGUUCGAUGAGCUGGGAGGCUCCACAUAAAAAAAUUGGAUUGUAAUAAUUGAGAUUGAAAUUGAAAACAUGUUUGGUUUUGUCAAACAGUAAUUUGGAAUGGAUCCUUAGCUGGCACAGUUUAAAGCCCCUCUGGUAAAUUGUGAAAGCGGUGACAUGUCAAUAGGGUUUUAUUGUGUCACCUUCCUCCAUUAUGAAGUAUUUUGAUUUUGUGGCUUCAAUCCACGACUGUCCCAAAAACUUUUCCACUAUACUGAAAGGUCCUUGUAACUUAGCAUCUUAGGUGACAUCUUUUCAACUUUUCUCCCUGCUUCCCUCCCUCCCUCCUUCCCCAGGCGCCCGGGGUGCACCUUCACCUUCAAGAACAAGUGCGACAUUGAGAAGCACAAGAGCUACCACAUCAAGGAUGACGCGUAUGCUAAGGACGGCUUCAAGAAGUUCUACAAGUAUGAGGAGUGCAAGUACGAGGGCUGUGUCUACAGCAAGGCCACCAACCACUUCCACUGCAUCCGCUCCAGCUGUGGCUUCACCUUCACCUCCACCAGCCAGAUGACCUCCCACAAGCGCAAGCACGAGCGCCGCCACAUCCGCUCCUCGGGUGUCAUGGGCCUCUCCUCGGGCGGCUCCUUCCUGAUGCCCAAGGAGGAACCCGGGGACGAGUCGAGCAACGACGACCUCAUGGACUUCUCGGCCAUCAGCAGCAAGAACUCCAGCCUGAGCGCCUCGCCCACCACCCAGCAGUCGUCCAAUGGGCCCGGCACUCACCUGCUUGCCACACCCACCACGGUGAUGUCGUCCUCCGGCGGUGGCCACGGCGGCCUCAAGCCCACCUCCUCGCUGCCGCACUCGGCACGCAUGUCAAGCCUGCUGUCCCAGGCGCUGCCCAGCAACAUGCCUGUGGCACUGGCGCUGUCCAACAGCGCCCUCGCCGGUGUCAACAACCCCUUCUUCCCGCUCAUGCCCCGGCUGCCCAUGCAGCUGCCCCAUUCGGCCGCCAGCCUGAUCUCGGCUGUGUCGUCUGGUGCCCACUCCAUGCCCACCGACUCACUGUCCCAGGGCGGCUGCUCCUCGGCGGGCGGCGAUGGCGCCAUGGCAUCCACGCCGACCUCCUACGCCUCGGCCUCUUCCAUCAUGGAGAAGAUCUCGGCUAGCAAGGGCCUCAUAUCCCCAAUGAUGGCCAGGCUGGCAGCGGCUGCCCUCAAGCCCUCUGGCAACCACCAAGACACAGGUGGGUGAUUUCAAAAAUGGUAUUCAUUGUCCAUGGUGUCCCAUGUGGCUCAGGUGUUAGAGCAUGGUGCUUGCAAUGCUGGGGUUUUGGGUUCGAUUCCCACGGGUGACCAGUACGAAAAAUGUAUGCACUUACUGUAAGUCGCUCUGGAUAAGAGCGUCUGCUAAAAUGUAAAUAUUUAUUGUCUAUACAAUUUACAUCUAUGGUAAAGGAAUGUGAGAUGGCUCAACACAUUAUUACACAGCUUGUUGUAAUAGUAGCUAUGCACUAGUAUAUGUCGGACAUUUUAUUUUUCUCUUUGCAUUUAUACCUCUUUUUUGGGGGGGUUGAGCUAGCUACUGCACAAUUCUUUCUUCACGACAUGCUACCAUAAUGGGGGGAAGACGCAACCCCCACUCCCCAAACCCCCCCAAACAUUAGUGUGGAGUCUAAAAGCGAGAGCUAAAAGAGUGCACACUUAGGUCACCUAACCAAUAUCACUGGCCCACGGUGGAGGUCACCUAACCAAUAUCACUGGCCCACGGUGGCGGUCACCUAACCAAUAUCACUGGCCCACGGUGGAGGUCACCUAACCAAUAUCACUGGCCCACGGUGGAGGUCACCUAACCAAUAUCACUGGCCCACGGUGGAGGUCACCUAACCAAUAUCACUGGCCCACGGUGGAGGUCACCUAACCAAUAUCACUGGCCCACGGUGGAGGUCACCUAACCAAUAUCACUGGCCCACGGUGGAGGUCACCUAACCAAUAUCACUGGCCCACGGUGGAGGUCACCUAACCAAUAUCACUGGCCCACGGUGGAGGAGAAUGUAGCAGUCACAAACUGCUCGUUCUAGGCUUGAAGGGGCAUACUGAAGGCGUGGUUCACUGCUCCACACUUGUUAUUGUGCUGAUGGUUAGCUAGAUACCUGCAAUCCAUUUGCAGAUAAAUGCGUUGACAGAGAGGAGAGUGGGCCCUGUAAAAGUAUCUUACGGCGUUCGGAGGGGGCUCCUGGGGCUUGUGUUGUACAUGUUUCCUCAUCAGUGGUCUCUUAUCUGUGUGUGCGCUCGUUCCGAGCAAAUGGAGGUGGAAUGAAAUUAAGUUCAGAAAUUGCAAGAACAAAAACCUUUUUUUUUCUCUCGCUCUUUCUCUCUCUCUAUAAACUGAUAUAAAAACAGAAAUUGCUCAGGCAGAAAUGACUCAGUGCACCAGAGCUUUCAGAGAGAGGGUGGUUUUUUGCAGAAUGCAACAGCAGACACAUACAAACACACACACACACACAGGCACGGGCACACACACAGUGACACACAUACAAUUUGUGCUCACAAACAACAACCUCAUUGGCAUGCAUGCAUACUCCAAAACACACACGCACACAGUGCACACACACACGCACACACACACACACAUUCACACACUAUUUUGGCUCAGACACAAACAACCACUACUCAUUACAAAAAUAGCAAAUAGAGUAAAUAAAGAUGUCUAAACGACAAUAAAACAGUCUCACACUGUCACAACUGAGCAAAAAGAAAACGGGGCUACAGUCCCGAGCUGAGACUUUAGCAGGUGGGGUGCGGAUUGGAAAAUUGGGCUAAGACAGGAGAGCGUCUCCGCAUGCCGGUGGGUUGGAGGAUUAGUUGCCUGGUGGUGUUGUUGGAGAAGGACGGGGCCCUGGGAGAGAGCAGGGCAGCUGCUCGGGGGAGGUGUGAUCAGGCAGCACAGGCUGUCAGUCGGAGCUCCACCUCUGGGCCUCCAGGCAGCAGGUAACAGGGGGAGAGAGAGAUUGAGAGAUAGAGGGCCUGACGGGGAAGAAGGGCCUCCUCAGAUGGUGCUGGCUCCCAUUCCGUCUCUCCACUGCGCCAGAACACGAGGGGAGCUCAGCACACACAGGGCUCCUCGCACAGAAAACAAGUAUGCUGUUUCGUUCACUUUUUUAAACAGCAGAAAUAGAGAAUAUAGACGUUUUCAGAGGCACUUAGGGGGUUAGGUUUUCUCUGAAGUUUCACUUAUUGUUCGCAAAAUAUGUGUGUGAACAGGACAUUUGGGCUAAAUUGAAGAGGAAGUGGUUAUGGCUCACAGUGUCAAAAAGGUUUGAGAAACAGUUCAGCGUUUGGCUAUUUUUAGAUGUUUUCUUUGUUUUGUUUUUACGGGGCCUAUCUCUUCAGUGGUAAACUAGAAUGUCUUCUUUUUUCAUGGGUUCAGUAUAGACUGCUUUUUAUCAGUGUUUCUCACCAGUUUACCCCUAAAAAAAAUAAUAUCUUAAAGAUCCAGGCCUCUGAAGGGUUUACUAAUUAGACACAGAGUGAAAAUGAUCUUUCACGAGCUCUGUAACUUAGCCGGAGUAAUUACAUUGUGGUACGUUAUUCCUGGAGAACAUCCUGAAAAAACACAGCGUUGAAAUCUACUCAUUUUCUUCCUCCUUUUUUUUGUGGCAAGAAUCUUUGCCGAGAUCUCUAAGCUCAAGCAAGAUGUGUAUGAUGUACUAAUAUAUUUUUAUUUUGAUGAACAUUCACUACUACAUUUUCUAUGAUGUGUUUAACUGAAUGUCUAUGUGUAGGUCACGUAUUCAAACGUUGUCCUCGAUAUGAUGUGCUCUCAUCUGGUCUUUGGCUUGAUGUAAUGUCCAAUGACAAUUUGUCUGGCAAGUUAAUCAUUGGGUUUCUUUUUUGGGGGAGUGGGGGUGUAGUGACCAUACAAUGACCUCACCCCAGCCACAAAACGGCCUCUCUUCGACCCCCUCCUCCUCGUUUCCCAGUCCCCCCCCCACCACCACACCAUUGUCAGCUUAAAAUGCUAUGACACUGACACAUCCCCAUCUCCGUCCCUUAGCUUUGAGCUGACAAGGCCCAAGACUGGCUUUUCCACUCGCAUUGCCUUUGAUAUGUCUCUGGGUCAUCUUCUAGCCAGGGACACUGGUUCCAACUUCCCACUCACAUAGCUGCUUUCUUGCAGGGCACAUAGUUGGCCCUCCGCGACCUUGCCUGUCACAAUACGUCACUACCAGUCACUACCAGGCCCUGUUUCCUAAACAACACGGCCCCACACGAUACCAAUCACUGCCGAUGCACUCACUCAGCACACAGGCCUAAAAGCCCAUGCCAGGCACUCCUUCGCUCUCUUUCUUUCCUCUUCUUUGAAUAAAAUACCACUUACUGUCUACCCAAAGCCCGGCUUUCUCUAUAUAGCCCGAGGAGAAAUUAAUAUUUCAAUCACUUGGGGAUUGAGGGGAAAAAAGCUCACCUUCCUGUCAGCAGUCUUUGCCCCCGCCCCGCCUCUCGUCUUUAUUUAUUUAUUUAUUUAUUUAUUUAUUUAUCAUCCCGUUGCUGUCCUCACUCACGACAUCAUCUGCUGAAUACCUAUUCGGAGGAGAAUCCGAUCUGGAGGUCACGCUAUUUGAACUGAUCUGAUUGGCUGUCAGCUCCAAUCUGACCGACAUAGCCCUGUUCUUCUUGGGCAUGCUCAGUUGGCAUUGGCUGCCUGCCGUUGUCAGGCCAACAAGGACCAGGCAAGGAAGGAAGGGAAGGGAAGGAGGGCGGAGGGGGGAGGGGGGGGCAAUCGUAGACUGCCACUUUCUCUCAGCAUUAGCAUCCGACUUAAUGACCAGUUAAGAGGCAGCCUAGCAAAUGAGUUGUGACAAGUGCUGCUGAAAAAGGAGUAUUUUCCCCUCAUAUCUCCCGCCUCUCAAUCACCAUUUAAAGGCCUUGACGGCCUGACAUCAUUUCGCAAUAAUUAUCACUCUGAGUAUUCUUUUCGGCUGGGACAGGAGUCAGAUUGGAUCUCGUCACAGGGUAAUAAUGCUGACCAACAAUAACUUUGUUGUCGCUCUCUCUCUCUGGCUUCUCCUCAGGGAAUGGGCUGGCUGGUUCUUCAGCGAGUCUGUUCAAUCUGGUUCAAGUGAAGCAGGAGCCAGUCGACCAUACCUCUGGGGCUUCCCAGGACUCCAUCCAAGAGCACAGCCUGGACCUGAGCAAAAAAGACCACAGGUAGAGUCACAGGGACACACUCCUAAGGUUUACCCUUAAAAAAACGGGUUUACUCCUAAAUGAAGCAAUGUUAUCUCAAUGGGUGUGAGAGCACUUAAUAAAAAUUAUGAAAGUGGGACUGCAGCGUUGCGAAGGGGAUGCGAUUUGUUCACUAACUCAUAUUUCUGAAAGCAGUUUUGACCGAAUUAUGAUUAUUCAUUUAUUUUUUAUUUCUCAAAAACAACUAUGUUAUCUCGAUUUGCAUCUCAAUUUAUGGCCUCCAACACGUUUCUCCAUCUCUCACUGAUCUCACGCCACGGAUGUUGACAUAAACCUUAAACUCCAAUCUUCCCUGCAAAAUUUUUUAAGAAGUUGUGUUUUUGCUCUUCAUUAUACAUGCACACCCUCCUGUGAUAAAUAAUAAUAUUUACUGUUCUUAUGCAAAUCUUGACUAAACAUUGUUUAUUUUCCUUGUUCCAGUAAUGAAUCAAACGGACACCCUGUACCGGGAAAUACAUCUCUUUUAUCCUCGCUUAUGAAUAAGGUAAGAUCCAUCCAUCAAACGCUUUUCAUCCCCAAGACAAAUUAGCGGGACGCACAGGGCCUCUGUUUGUUUUUUAAUGUUUCACUGCUAAUAAGAUGAGUUUGUACAUUUACAUUUUCCAGCCAUUUUUCAUACGGUGUAAUUCCACCGUACCUCUCACAAAUUAAUAUAAUGAACCAGGAGCUGGGUGCCAUGCCAGAUAUAUAGAGAUGUUUGUUUUUUGAUGAGGUGUUUUGAACUCGACAUCCAUUUUUUCCCCCUCCUCCUUUCCCCUUUUUCUUCCCCGGCUUCCUAUCACUCUAUAUUUAUUCAUGGAGUUUGUAAAUUAUUUGAUUAAAAACUCGAGGGGAAAAAGAGAAACAGUCACCCUCAUUUUUUAAAAAGAGUAAAUGUUUGCUGAGGGAUAUUUAAAUGUGUGAUUUUGUGAAGAUUGAAAUGGACAUUGUUUUAAUCAUACAUCUUUUCUGACUAAUACAAAUGUGCAGGCGUUUCCCAUUACCUUGAUGAUUUAAAGAGUUUUCUGGCUACAUUUUUUUGGCAAACAAACUCACUCUACUGGCUAAGGGUUUUUUCUUGCCCUUCUGCUUGUAUUCUUGUAUCAGGAACACACUCAAACACACUCAUGAGUGGUUUCCACAAAGCGGCCGUUGAGGCCUGACGGGAGAUGGGCUUGAUGAUCAGAUGUCCUACAGCUCUCCCCUUCAUGUAGGCCUUUUGGGGUCCCGUUCCGAGCCACCACAUCACAUAAAGCACGCACAAUCGCUCACAGUGGACACUUGGCAUGCGCACUUGGCCUGUGCUCAAGCAGAAGCCGGUUGUUUGUAAACUCGGCUGAGCUUCCGCUCUGCCAAAGUGUGUGUGUGCGCGUGUGUUUGCGUGCGUUUGUGUGUGUACGUGUGUGCACUCCUGUGCGUGUGCGUAUACCUAUGUACAUUCCAUGUGUGUGUGUGUGUAGCUGGCGCUCAGCUAACCCUGCCGCCGGCGGUGCUUUAUGUGCUGUGUGUUUUGCAGAUGAACGCCGGCUUCUUCAGUGCCCUGAACCUGAAGACGGAGAUGGAGAUUGGCCAAGGGGCAGACACCUCAGAGGCAGCGCAGUACCUGAGCCGCAUCAUGAAGAGGCCCAUGCCAGACAAACCCAGCGAGCUCUGGAGGACAUAUCUGCGCAGGUACUUAAAAUGCUCAAGAACUUAGAUUUACUUACUAAGGGCCAGUUGCCUGGACACAGAUUAAAGCUAUUUCAAUUAAGAUUCUGCUUUAAGUAUGUUUUUUAGUCCAGGACUAGGCCCUUAGAUCAGUUAAGUGGAGAUGAACCUCUCAGAUAGUAUAAUGCUUCAGAGGGGUAAAAUGCUUGUCAUUGUAUUGAUUUUAUUAUUUUCCCCUUUUUGUAUUAUAUAUCUUUUUUAAUACUAAUUGUAUCUCUUCUCUGUUUUUCUGCUGGGUCAAGGUUCGACACGGAGGACUUCUGCGAGGCCCAGUGUGACUUCCUGCAGAAGGUCCACUUCCACUGUCUAGUGGAGGACUGCGGGGCGCUCUUCAGCACGGUGGACGGAGCCAUUAAACACGCCAAGUGAGUGUGGUGGCACUGCACCAGAAGACUAGUCCAUAUGAUACACUGUGCCAUAGGCAUGUGUCUUCUGGCUGUGCAGAUUCAGAAUCAGCCAUAGGUCUCAUGCUUCUUAAUGGUCAACCCAACCCAUGUUGAUACAAUAAAACAAACAUACUGUACAGUGGGGAAAAAAAGUAUUUAGUCAGCCACCAAUUGUGCAAGUUCUCCCACUUAAAAAGAUGAGAGAGGCCUGUAAUUUUCAUCAUAGGUACACAUCAACUAUGCCAGACAAAAUGAGAAAAUCAAAUCCAGAAAAUCAAAUUGUAGGAUUUUUAAUGAAUUUAUUUGCAAAUUAUGGUGGAAAAUAAGUAUUUGGUCAAUAACAAAAGUUUCUCAAUACUUUGUUAUAUACCCUUUGUUGGCAAUGACACAGGUCAAACGUUUUCUGUAAGUCUUCACAAGGUUUUCACACACCGUUGCUGGUAUUUUGGCCCAUUCCUCCAUGCAGAUCUCCUCUAGAGCAGUGAUGUUUUGGGGCUGUCGCUGGGCAACACGGACUUUCAACUCCCUCCAAAGAUUUUCUAUGGGGUUGAGAUCUGGAGACUGGCUAGGCCACUCCAGGACCUUGAAAUGUUUCUUACGAAGCCACUCCUUCGUUGCCCGGGCGGUGUGUUUGGGAUCAUUGUCAUGCUGAAAGACCCAGCCACGUUUCAUCUUCAAUGCCCUUGCUGAUGGAAGGAGGUUUUCACUCAAAAUCUCACAAUACAUGGCCCCAUUAAUUCUUUCCUUUACACGGAUCAGUCGUCCUGGUCCCUUUGCAGAAAAACAGCCCCAAAGCAUGAUGUUUCCACCCCCAUGCUUCACAGUAGGUAUGGUGAUCUUUGGAUGCAACUCAGCAUUCUUUGUCCUCCAAACACGACGAGUUGAGUUUUUACCAAAAAGUUUUGGUUUCAUCUGACCAUAUGACAUUCUCCCAAUCCUCUUCUGGAUCAUCCAAACGCACUCUAGCAAACUUCAGACAGGCCUGGACAUGUACUGGCUUAAGCAGGGGGACACGUCUGGCACUGCAGGAUUUGAGUCCCUGGCGGCGUAGUGUGUUACUGAUGGUAGGCUUUGUUACUUUGGUCCCAGCUCUCUGCAGGUCAUUCACUAGGUUCCCCCGUGUGGUUCUGGGAUUUUUGCUCACCGUUCUUGUGAUCAUUUUGACCUCACGGGGUGAGAUCUUGCGUGGAGCCCCAGAUCGAGGGAGAUUAUCAGUGGUCUUGUAUGUCUUCCAUUUCCUAAUAAUUGCUCCCACAGUUGAUUUCUUCAAACCAAGCUGCUUACCUAUUGCAGAUUCAGUCUUCCCAGCCUGGUGCAGGUCUACAAUUUUGUUUCUGGUGUCCUUUGACAGCUCUUUGGUCUUGGCCAUAGUGGAGUUUGGAGUGUGACUGUUUGAGGUUGUGGACAGGUGUCUUUUAUACUGAUAACAAGUUCAAACAGGUGCCAUUAAUAUAGGUAACGAGUGGAGGACAGAGGAGCCUCUUAAAGAAGAAGUUACAGGUCUGUGAGAGCCAGAAAUCUUGCUUGUUUGUAGGUGACCAAAUACUUAUUUUCCACCAUAAUUUGCAAAUAAAUUCAUUAAAAAUCCUACAAUGUGAUUUUCUGGAAUUUUUUUCUCAAUUUGUCUGUCAUAGUUGACGUGUACCUAUGAUGAAAAUUACAGGCCUCUCUCAUCUUUUUAAGUGGGAGAACUUGCACAAUUGGUGGCUGACUAAAUACUUUUUUCCCCCACUGUAUAUUCAAUGAGGCAAAAGUCUUUGAUCAUGUUGAUCAUUAUAGUCUUGGUUGUUUAUUACAGUCCAUUGUGUAAAAGCCAUUUUGUUUAAAAAGCUUUAUACAAAUGUUAAGCCGAUAAUUAGAGUCGAUGACUGAAUGAAAGCUCUAACUUAGCGUGUCCCCACCAUGUCCAUCUGUCCAGCUUCCACCUACGAGCCACGCUGAAGGUGAAAUCGGAGCCUCACUUCAACAAAGUCAAGGACUGCGGCGACAGAGCAUCCCACCAGUCCACCGCCCCAGUCUCCAUGGCCAACAACCCCCCCAUGGACGUGGCCAACAUGUCAUCAUCGUCAGGCGGUGGCUAUGGCUCCUCGCCCUCCCUGCUGGCAUGGAAGCAGCUGACGGGCAGCAUCCCCCAGCUCAAUGCCUCCAUGCCUAACCUGCCUGCCAACUCGCCGCUGGCCACCACCUCUCUGGAGAACGCCAAGCCGCAGGUCAAACCAGGCUUCCUGCAGUUCCAGGACAAGUAAGGGACCGUGAGACUCGUAAUAAACACGCAUGGAACACUUUGACUUGAGCGCCUUUAUUGAACACGUUCAGGCAAAAUCAUUGACCACUGACAUGACAAGUUUUAUUUUUAUUAGGCUACAUAAAAAAUGUAAUUAUAAAAUGAAAGAAUGUUUUAAGAAUCGUAGGUUUAAGCAAUGUAGGUUGUUAUGACCUGUCAUGGCAAUAUACUUUAAAUUAAAUGUUAUAGAUACAUGGAUUUUGAUAUUCUUGGACUUUGGAGAUCCUGUAUUCCAGGGCUAUUCAACUACCAGCCCUCGAGUGCCAAAGUACGGCUGGUGUUCCUAUCCACCUGGUAGUUCAUUCAUCUGGUAUAACUAAUAAUUAUAUAAUUGAUUGGUCAGAGAGUCAACUCACCUGGCGUCCCAGGUCCCUGAUUAGACGGACAGAAUGAAAACCAGAAGCGAUUCAUCCCUCCAUGACCGUAGUACAGAAGCCCUGUCCUAUUCUGUUUAGAAAAAGGUAUUGAACAUACCCCCCUUUCUUUUAUGUUUUUUGUUCAUACAGUGACCCUUGCCUGGCCACUGACUGUAAGUACUCCAACAAGGUCCACUUCCACUGUCUCUUCGGGAACUGCAAGUAUGUCUGCAAGACCUCAGGGAAGGCCGAAUCCCACUGCUUGGACCACAUCAACCCUAACAACCACCUGGUCAACGUUCGAGACCAGUUCUCCUACUUCUCCCUCCAGUGUCUAUGUCCCAACCAGGUAGGUCCCCACCUGCUCACUCCAAGCACCAGCAAACUACUGUCAUAUCAUCAAGUUUUCUAACCAUGAAUAUACAAUCUAUUAGACCCGUAUUUGAGGUGAUUUAACUCGAGUCUUUCCGAAUCGCUCCUCGUCUGUCUUCUGUCUGCUUGGAGACGACAGUCGACUCACCCCGUAAUGUCUGUUUAUAUGUCAAUGAUGUCAUUUUGACUGCCGCAUUCUCCCCUCAGAAAAGGCCAAUUUAGCUGAUAUUACCCAAUAAAUCAUUGUCAGCCGCACAAUAAACAAGGCUGUCUUGAAUAGGGCAAAAUCUGGAAAAUGUUUCUCAAAUUAAACCCUUUAAUGGAGGCUCCUGCCUGCCUCUCGUGAGCCGAUAUUUGGAGGAUUUUUUUGUAAAUGAAUGAAUUCAUUAAUAAUGUGUCUAAAAUCAUCCUCUCACUUAGUGUCCUCCCUCCACCUCCACUUCCUCCCCUCCCUCCCUCUAUCCACCUGAACAGAGAUAAUCCUAUUUAGCCUGGUUCCUAUGGGACACACAGGCCAGAAACAGAUGGUGGUGUGGAGACAAGUUAAAAAGGGAGGGGUGGGUUAGAGAGGAAAAAAGGUAUUUGCUAGACCGAUCCUUCCAAAUGUAUAAGUGUCAAGUUAGUGUUAGUGUCAAGGUGUGAAUUGUUGGUGGUGUAAAGUAAUAUAGAUGUCCAUUUGAGCAAUCACCAGCACGCCAAAAUCUGUUUAUUGUAGGACUGUAGUAACUAUAAAUAAAAAUUGGAAAGUUAGUUGAUCAGAUAUCAGACCAGAAACUGGUUGGGAAUUCAACAAGCUUAUCGCUCAACAUGUUGUUCUGUAGUUAAUGAAUCCAUAAUUUGUAUCCACAAGUCAAGUCGAUCAUCAGCAACUUAGGUUUAAAGUCAUUGUUCUAGCCUGUUUCCCAGUCUUACAUUGGAUUGACCCCCUCUGUCUCUCUGCCUUCCUUCCUCCAGCACUGUGAGUUCAGAAUGAGGGGCCAUUACCACUGUCUGCGACCCGGCUGCUACUUUGUCACCAACAUCACCACCAAGCUUCCCUGGCAUGUCAAGAAGCAUGAGAAGGCAGAGAGACGCGCCGCCAACGGCUUCAAAUACUUCACCAAGAGAGAGGAGUGUGGCAGGCUAGGUAAGCUUUCAGUUUAAACUAGUCUCUUUGUCUCGCUCUCUCUUUUUCUUUCUCACUGCUAGGCCAGUGAGAGAUGUAAGGGUUAAGGGUGUGAAAUCAAGAGAGAUGUAAUGAUGUUUCCACAUUGAUUUUCAGUGGACGCUGCGAGCAGAUAUUCUCUCUGUGCGCCUCAACUGUCACAGAGAGAGCUACUCCCAAUCCUGGCAAAUGUUUUGUCACACUAUCGCAGAGCAGUUCACAUGGCAUAAAACAAGUCUGGCUCGUACUGAACUUUUUGUGCAAUGUUUUGCAUAGGCACUAUGAAUGUGAAACCUUAUUUUCCUAGUGAUUACAUUGUUGGCACUGUAACAUAUCUUUCUCUUAUAACUUAAAUGUCUGGUUAUAUGUUACACUAGACUUGAAUGCAUAUGUAUAUAUUUAUAAGGGACAAACACACUAAGGUUGUUUUAUCUUUUUGCCUGUCAGAAAUGAGCAAUUACAUACUUGUUUGUGUGUGCUAUGUGCUUUUCUCAGCCACCCCUCAUCAUCAUUCCCAAAUGAUUUUAGAAGUAAUCUCUUAUUUCUGGCUGUUCUAACACAAAUGAAAAAGACAAAAAGGUAUUGUAUUGUUCGGUUUCGGAAAAGUAAAAGGGAUUACUAAAGCAAGCACCCAAGUUAUAAAAAAUGGAUGGGUUUAGUGGUAUCCAUGGCAGCAACAUUCAACUGAACACGGCCGAUUAUGUUACCUGGAUGGGUCUCAUAAAGGCCCUCGACGUCGCAGUGGUUACAGUUAUUGACUCAACUUUGCAUGGUUAAAGUAUAUGUGCAGUGUUACUGUGUACAAAAGCUAUUGUUUUGUGCACCUGGUCCCAUGGUUACUGACAUGCUAGCGCCUGCCCAGCAUUUUACUCUUUCAAUUAUUUCUGCCUGCUUUUAUAUAAUGAUAUUUGGAGGAACCAACAUUUAAUUUGAAAUCAUAAAGCAAUUCGAAAAUGGCUCCCUAAAAGUGAGGAAAAUAAUAAAAGAGGAAGAAUCCGACAACAUCACAAUAGUGCCAUGGCACAAAAAAAGAAAAAAGAAAAGACAACAAUGCCACAAUUUUGAAAAAUGAAUUUAAUAUGGCAAUAAUUGUAUAUUUACUUUGGUUUGCAGGGGUGUGUGCAUUAUUGGCCUACACUGCAUAUGAGAAUGUAUUUAUGUAAAUUCCUAAUUGAAUAAAGGAUGUCACUGUAAUAAAAGAGCUCCACAGGUUUAGUCCAUGGCAGCCUAGACUGGCUCAGUGUGACACUGGAGUCAUCUAAUCUAAUAUGCCUCCUACAUAUACAUUUGUUUUUGUCCCGGCUAUGUUAUGAUGCUGAAUCUAAACCAGAGUAGAGCUUCUUAAAAAUGGGAUUUUACCAGGUAUUCAGAGCGGGUCGUAAGCUUUAGUUAGAGGACGUCUUUAUCAGGACACUUACACUUUUAUUUUUUUCAGCUGCUUUGAAUUGUAGUUUGGGUGAUUCUCCGAAAUGUGCCAGGCUACACCAAAUUCAUAUGUGAAAACAUCACAUUUCUCACAUACUAUUGAGUUCAACUCUGUGAAAACGUCAUAUAUAAAAAUGUCAAUUUCUUCACCUUGUGAUUGAAACCGUGUACUUGUCUCUUUGCAGGCUGCAAGUACAACCAGGUGAACAGUCACUUCCACUGCAUCCGUGAGAGCUGCCAGUUCUCCUUCCUGCUCAAGCACCAGAUGACCUCGCACUCCCGCAAACACAUGAGGAGGAUGCUGGGAAAGAACUUCGACAGGGUUCCGUCCCAGGUAACGAACACAGUGUGUGUGUGUGCCACAUAAUGUUCUGAACAGUGUAAUUAUUAAGAAAAAUAUGUGGGGAGUUUCCAUAGAACCAUUGCCGGUGAUAGUUUGCAUAUUGAAAGUAUGCAAAAACACGCAGUUCCUCACACACCCUUUCACUGAAAAAUGUGACUGUGGCAACACGUGUCAUAAAGAUUUGUGUUUUAUCAUUUUCCAUUGUGCUUCCUGUUUCCAUCAUUUUCCAUUGUGCUUCCUGAUGGAUAAUGAGUAAUGAACACCUUUGGUGACACUGUGCAUUUUUUAUUUGUUUUAACCUUGAUGUUACAGUAAAUCUAUGAGAUUUGUGUCAAUCUCAAAAAAGUAUAAUGGAGGUACAUUUUUUUCACUGAAAGUGUCUCUAAAGAACUGGGUUUUUACAUACUUGCAAUAUGCAAACCACCACCAGCAAUGUCAUUGUUAUAUCAGUACUCUAUGUUGAUGUAGUGCCAGUAUACGAAUGCCUGACAGUUGGUGCCCCGUGAGAGGAGAAUAUCUUACAUAAAUGGGGAAUCCCAACAUUUUUAUAUAUCAAUAAAUAUAGUGUUUAAUAAAGAAGAAUCCUGUGUGAGGAACAUUCCCUACAAUAUGUAUUCCUGACAUAGCUGUGUGUCCCCCCUGUGUGGCCCUCUAUAGGUGGUGUCCCAUGGCCAGAGGUCUGAUGACAUGCAGCACUUGUCGGGCAUGGGCUCGGGCCUCAUGGGCAGCCACCCGGGGAUGACCACUGGGUUCUCCAGCAUGAUGGACGAGACGGAUGACUACAUGGACUACAUGGGCGGGGGUAGCCCUCUGUGCCUCUCCUCUGAGUCCUCCAAUCAGGACCGCAGCUGCAGCAGCACCCCCGUGGGCAAUGAGAGCUCCCCAGCAGGUGAGUUGAGGAGCGGGGGCAGGAUAUAGAGGCUAGGGUUAGCAAGGUUGGUUGAGGAGUGAGUAUUGACAUUGUGGCCAUAGUAACUUGCAUAAGGAUGCAUACUGUAGAGUUGAUAACAAGAAAAACAAUGGAUUUAUGGACAGUGUUGUUUAGUGAAAUGAUGGCGAUAUUGUUUUAUUUCAGUAAAAAGUAAAUUGUCUAUCAAGUUAAAGAAGCAAGUAAAACUUGGUUAUGAAGUUAGAAUGAAGUAGUGUUUUUGUAUUGUAAAUCCAGCGUAAUUUACAGUACCAUUAGAACACACAGGACACAGCCAUGUCAAUUCAUGUCCAUAUCUCAUCAAAAUCAUAAUUUCCUGAUUUAGUAGUGAAUUCCAUUUUUACAAAUACUAUUUCAAACAAUAAGAAGAGUGGGAAACCAAUCAAAAUCCAUAAAGUAAAUGUUCCCCCUUUCUCUUAUUCUGAGGCCAUUUAUUUUAUAUUAUUCAUUUUCUACAGUAAUGACUUAAAUUAUGGCAAUGUAAGUUUGAUAUAGAAGACUACAUUUCCCUUUUACCUGAAAGCUAUCCCUGUGGCAACAAACUUCUCAGAUUCUCUGCUUUUCAAAAUCUGAUCUUGCCUUCAUCAAAUGAGUUUCACAUUUCCAUUAUUUUGUGUCAAAUGUUAUCCACCAUUUUCAUCAUUGUUGCUUUGGCUGGUGUUUGCUUUCUUGAUUCGGCUUCAUUUUGUAUCAUUCUCUUAUCUUUUCCCUUUUUCCCUUCCAUCCCUGUGUGUGUGAAUGGGUCUGUGUGUGUGAAUGGGUCUGUGUGUGUGAAUGGGUCUGUGUGUGUUUGCGUUUACCCGUCUGUCUGUUUCCCUUCCCGUCCUUCUACACUUCCUGGUCAUCCUGUCUUUCCAGGACCAGGCUGCCCGGUCACUACUGCUCCCUCUAUCCCCGCUGACACAAGCACUCCCCAAAAUGCACCUCCUCCACCACCUCCUCAGCCUGGACUCCAGUCUCAGGCUCCAUCUUUCCCUCCUGCCCUCCUCCGACCUCCUCUUCCCUCGCUCCCAUACCUCGUCUCUCCAUCCUGUCUGUCAUACUCUCUGCUCAGCGCCUCUCUCGGAGCCACUCGGAGUGUUGUCAUGCCAACCAACACACCAGCUUUCAGCCCCAUCAUUGCCACUCCGUCUCCGGUUAAAAAUGACGUCCCUAUAGUGCAGGAUGCUGCAGGUACUUAUCCCGACGCAAACCAACAUUGUAGCUGUCAGUGUCAAUUGGUGUAGAUGUAGUCUACUUCAGUGUGUACUUGUUUGAUCCAAUAUGACUUCUCAAAAUUGUUGUUGAAGCUUGGGAGAAAGUCAAUGGGGAAAGUCACCAUGCAAACAUUAUUUGGGAAAACUGUGAAAAAGUGAACAUUUGGGAAAAGGUCUGUAAGCCUGAAGAGGUCAGGAUAUAGGGUCUAGAUGAGACAUAGACAUGUUUCUGUUUGUUUAAUCUUUAUUUUCCAUUUUAGCCAUUCACUUAUUCUCAUGGAGCUUGGUCUUACGUCCCCAUUACGCGCAGGUUAUGCACAGUAUUCCCCUUUGGUAUUUACAAGGCUGUGGAAACAGCACCGUAAAUUCAGCACCUGUAGUCCAAAGCCGCGGUCUUGUUUAGCCUCCAUUAACGGGCAACGCAUCAGCCGCCUCUUAUUUUAAUCGUGCCCCCAGUUUUAUCGAGGCCCCUGCUUCCUGUCGAGUCGAACAGGGAUCACAUCAUUAGCAGUGACUCCAGGGGACUCGGCAAGGUGGGCUACCCCUCGUAAACCAAAGGCAGAUAAGAGGGACCGCCAAGAUCCACAUCUCUGCCACUGUUUGGAGGCUGUAGACACCCAGUAAAAAUGUAAAGUACCGAUUAGCAGCAAAGUCAAUCUAUCAUUUAUCCCCCCCCUUCUUAGUCGAUAAUUUGUAAAGACAAAAAAAUAUAUACAAUUGGGAAUGUAGGACAGCCUCUCGGAGAUUCCGCAAAGGAAGAUCUCCCCUUGAUCCAGCUUGUUUAGUGUGCUGUACCACUAAAAGCUGAUCAGUUGUGGAGUCCUAAUAUUCUUUCCUCUCUCUGUAGGCAACACCAUCUCCAUCCCUACGGCCACCGGCGCCAAGAAACGCUUCUGGAUCAUCGAGGACAUGUCCCCCUUCGGCAAGCGGCGCAAGACGGCUUCUGCGCGCAAAAUGCUGGACGAGGGCAUGAUGCUGGAGGGCUUCCGCCGUUAUGACCUGUACGAGGACUGCAAGGACUCCGGCUGCCAGUUCUCCCUGAAAGUGACCCACUACCACUGCACCCGCGAGAACUGCGGCUACAAGUUCUGCGGCCGCACGCACAUGUACAAGCAUGCGCAGCACCACGACCGCGUGGACAACCUGGUCCUGGACGACUUCAAGCGUUUCAAGUCCUCGGUCAGCUGCAACUUUUCCGACUGCCAGUUCUCCGGCAACAGCACCCACUUCCACUGCCUGCGCUGCAGCUUCCGCUGCACGGACAGCACCAAGGUGACAGCCCACCGCAAACACCAUGGCAAGCAGGAUGUGAUCAGCGCCGCCGGCUUCUGCCAAUUCAGCUCCAGCGCUGACUGCGAGGUUGCCGACUGCAAGUACAAGCUCAAGUGCUCACACUUUCACUGCACCUACCCCGAGUGCAAGCACACUGUGGUGGGUAUGUCCCAGAUGGACUCCCACAAGCGCAAGCACGAGAAGCAGGAGCGCGGCGAGCUGCCAUCAGUGUCUCCCCGCCAGGAGGGGGCACACCAUAUGGGGGGAGGAGUGUCCGCAGUGCCCCACGCCUCCAUGGGCCUUCCUCCAGGCUCUCCCGGUGGCCUCCCAGGACUCUCCCACCACCACCAUCACCACCAUAACAACAACAACCAUGCCCCCUCCAUGCUCUACCCCCCAGCCAGCGUGGCCUCUGACUACAACCACCCCUAUCCAACCUCUUUGGUAAGUCUGGACAGUUCUCUCAACCUGGGCACCGACACCAGCAGCUCCCUGUUCUUCCUGAAGAACGCCGCUGGCCUGGGCCUCAACGACUCGCUGGACCUGAGCAAAAAGAUGCAGCAUCACCAUGACCCGAGCCUGACCACGGCUGCUGGGCCCAACCCUAUGCCGCUGCUAAGCCUGCCCGCUCCUCAGGACGACACCACGGGGACAUCGGGCGACCCCGAAGAUGACCAGUCGCCCGAGGAAGAGGCCAACGCAGAGGAAGAUGAGGAGGAUGAGGAGGAUCUGAACACUGACUCGUACGAAGAUUCAAUGCCACAGCCCGACGGUGACAACAAGGACAAUGACGAGAGUUUUGACACUUCCUUAAACCACACUGACACUUCCCAACUGGAAAAGCAAGAGGCCGACCCAUGAAAGAUACUAUGAUACUGAAGAAGAAGAAUCCUGUAUACUAUGAACAAACAAAUUAAAGUGGCCUCAUUUAUCAAGGUUAGGGACACUGCAGAUGACAACAAGAAAACAACAACAACAAGAAAUUAUGGCCCAAAAUGAUUUAUGAUGAUGUUUACAAGAUGACCAACAAUAUUAAUUUAAUUAUCCAUAAAAAAAUGAACAGAGAAACAAACAAAUUAGGCCCUCUUUUACACGUGGGGCAGCAAUGUAAACAUUUUACUACACAGCAGUCUUUUUGUGUGCGUGCAUGUUUGACUUUAAUUUAUUUUACUUUUUUGUUUUUACCUUUUUUGUGCGUGGAAAAAACGAUAAGAAAAAAAAAAUCUCUCUAUAUAACUAUAUAUGUAUGUGUGUGUGAACUUUUAUAUACAACAUAAAUUACUGGUGCAGUCUUUACAUGAACUGCAGGACCCUUGUUAACAAUGAAAGGGAAAGACAUCACUGUUAAAUUACAUUGAGGGAAAGUUCUAAAGCAGAAUGUGUUUGAACAUUUGAUCCUAUUUCUGUAUUAAUAUUAUUAUUACUACUAUUAUUAUUAUUACUACAUUAAGUGCAGGGGUCUGCAUUAGUGUUUUGGCUUGUACCCUUCUCUCUUCAUCCUUUGCAAGGUUAUUUUUAAUUCUCAAUGUACAUUUUCAAAUAGAAGUGACCAGUGACUGUGUCCUCAGUCUCAACUGCAGUUGGGCAUAGAUCUCUCAGCAAGCAUUGCUCUGUGUAUGCAGCUACCUGGGAAAUUAUGUUAAAUUCUCACCAAAAUCAAGCUUGUGGACAUGCAAUUGUAAACCUUACCCCCUGUCGAGGAACCUAUUAAGUUUGCAUAUGGAUAGUGCACUUUUAUAUAAACAAUGAUAGAUAUUCAAACAUAUUUAAAGAUAUUUUUGUUACCAUAUGCAUCAUUGCAUUACGAUUGCGUUAUACUUGCAUAGUAAAAUCAAACAGCUCAGAAUAUUGAUUUAGAACUAGGCGAGGAACCAUCAUGACUAACUAGCUGGGGGUCUGAAUGAACUGACCAGAGAAAAGAUGAGUCACUCAGAUGCAAUGGGGAAUGACAGAGGUAGCGUCAGGGAGUGUGUGUUUGUUUGAAAUGUACAGACAGAAAGCAAAAUGUGUCAAUGUUGGACAUUUUGUUUUCCAUUUACUAUGGCUGUGGUUGAGCGCCUAUUGUAACGGUUUUAUUUAAUAUUUAUGUGACCUUGCAAUGAGACAUUUUUAGGGUGUUCUAGCACUUUUUAGAUUUAUCUUCAGAAAAAAUAUGGCAUGCAUCUUUUAACAGGGAAUUUGCUUUAAGAUGUCGUUUUAGUUCACUUUGCUUUGAUGCACAAAUAGUUGUUAAGUGUGACAAAGAACUGUUGUUCUGUGUUUUAUUUAAAGUAAGGACUGAUUUUAUUUGCUUCUGUGAUUGGAGGAUUUAAAUAUGAAAUGGGCAUGCCCGAGUUAUGGUGGCCUAAUAACGACACUAAUAAGAACUGUGAUUUCAAUUAAUUAUUAAAACAUGACAAUGCUCAGAUACUGUAGUACUAAAUUAUCACACAAAACACGUUAGUCUAACCUAUCUUCAGGUUUACUGGGGGGUGAAAAUUGUUAUGAUGAAUUAUUUCUUGAAUAUGGCUUUGGAAAAAAUAAUCAUAAUAUAGGGAAUUAUGUGUGUAGAUUGUUAUCCACAAAAUAUUGUUUAGAGAAGAAAAAAAGUUUGUACAGUAUUUUCUUCUGUAAAAAGACUAUAUAUGAACAAAAUGCUCUUUGAUGAACAGCUUCCUUUAAAAAUAAAACAAUAAAAGGAGAAAUGAAUAAUAAAAAGUAAAACAUUGAAAUAACCCCACUAUAGUUUGCUUGUGUGUGUGACCUUUUUGAAAUAUAAUUGUUCCCCCCUUAGAUUUCUAGAGGAAGUAAGUCAACCUGGUUAGGACCCUUGCCAUACUGUAGCACUAAAGGCAGUAGGGUGAUUCCGUUUUUUACCUUGACAUUUUCAAAGCUAAUACAAAAAAAAAAAAACACUGAUUUAGACCUACUAAUGGAUGUUUCUGGUUUAUUUAACACUUUGUUUUAUUCAUUUUUCUGUUUGUCAUUUUUGUGUGUGCUUGUAGUUUUUCAUUAAUUUGAUUUUUUUUGUUGACAUUUUACUUUGCUGUGGGCAUACAUGCCUCUCUCACAGGCUGAAUUGUCUCCCUGGACUCAAAUGCAAGGCAGUGCAUCACUUUUUAUUUAUUUUAGUUUUUCUGACAACAUUUUGGGAAAAGCUAUUGGGCUGGGAGACAUUGUGCACUUGAAUACAGUUUAUGUGUGUGCCUGUGUGUGUGUAAAAUAGCAGGAUUUGUAAAAAGUUGAAAAUAAAGAAACCAUAAUUAUUAUAACGAUACAUAUGUACUGCUUAGUAGUGCUUUAGCCCGAUGACGUCUGGGGUCAUGUGUUGUGGGGGAAGUCCCAGAGUACUGACACUAUCAAAACCUCAUGGGGAGAGAGACUAACCCAUAUACAGUAGCUGGAGCAAGGCAUGAGGACAGAGAACUGGUCUCUCUUUCUGUGAUAAUACUUAGAAUCUGGCUAGUCUCUCUCCCCCCGGACAGAGACAGCUAAUAGCAGAGAGACCUGUGGAACUGCUGUGGUCGCUUAGAGCUACAAGGCCUCGCUUCAUGUGACCUUUCCUCAUUCUAUUCUUCCAAAUGCUUUUGUCCCAGUAGACAUUGAAAGUUUGUCCCAGUAGACAUUCAAGUGAAACAUCUGCAUCGUUGCAGAUAGCAGAGAAUCAACAAUAUUUGUUGUCAGGCCGCCCAAUGAGGGCUCGCCUCUGGUCAGAGAUGAACCAAUCAGAACCAAUACAAUUCAGAGUUUGAAAUGGGAAUAGUCUGGGGGUGAAAGGAGUAAUUUGCUGGUGCCAACAAGAUGGGUCUCUGUGUCUCUUCACGAAAGGAGGACACUUUUAGUUUCUGGUGAGUUUUUUUUCUUUAUGAGCUUUGUGCUGUUAGGUCCCUUCCUCUCGUUCAGUGGCACACAAUGACCAGCGCGCAGCUCUGCUGUUGUCUGUCCUCCCUCAGCCUACAGCUGUUGCCGUCUCUCCUCCUCCUCUUCCUUGUGAUGUUUCUUUAAAUAAAAAACGGGUAAAGGCAUCACCAUCUGUCAGCCAGCUGGCAUCCUGUAUAUAAUCUACCAGAAGGAAAAAAAUAAACAUGAAAAUUAUAUUACACAAAAACCAGACGGAAACAACCUCCAAAUCCUACAUAGGCUGCUGCUGAAACGACAGAUUGCUUUACCGUUUUAAUUAACGGAGAAAAAGAUGACAAGAAAACAGACAGAAAAACUAAAUGAGAUGUCUUUUCUCUGUUGGUGUAAUAAUGUAUUAAAAAAGCAGUGAACUACUACGGCUUGGUGUUAGACAAGUAGAGAACGGUUGUAAAAUAUGUUGCACUCCAGGACUAAAAGCCAUCUCUAGCUCGUUUUCUGUUGGGUUUUAUUUCACAACCACACAGGGAGACAAAUCAGACAUUUUGUAUGAAAAGUAGACGAAGUUAAUGAAAAAGUAUUUUAAAUGACUUGAAUUUGCUGCCCUCUGCACUGGUGUUCAUAACUGCAUAUUUACCACUUGGAUUUAGUGCUGUUUAGUCCUUCAAUGUGCUAUAUUUGUUUUUUUCUUUCUGCAUGUCUUAUGCAAGGGUUGAGCUUUUCACUCAAUAAAAUAAAGAUGUAUUGAACAAAAAUA